AUGUACGUGGUGGGCUUUGCCGAAACCGUCGUGGAGCUCCUUAUGGUAAGUCACUGAAUCCUUCCCAAUGUCGUCAUCGGUGGUUACUUUUCUUUCACUCUUUCUUUUAGGCAUUUUUCUUUUUCUGGGGACAUCUGUAGUUUUUCCUCAGAAGGUAAUGCUGAUUCAUUUACUCCAUGUUGACCGAGACUACCGUUUUGAACAUUGUUUCAACAUCUUCAACAAGCGUAAUCUCAUUUGGUAGGGAAGCUGUGGUUCUCAUGUUGUUGUUCAAUAUUUAUUCUUGGGUUGUUUGCUAGGAGGACUGAAAACCCACACUAUUUUUAAGGGGGGCUCAUGCAAAGUUCAUAAUAAUGACUCUUCUCCUUCGAGAUCUUUCAAGUAUUUUAACCAAGGCUUGGCGUGGUACAAUCAUGGCUUAUUGGUCACUCCUUAGUCACAGACAAGGGUAGUUGUUUUGCACUUUGCUGAUUUGAAGAAUGCUUUGGUGUCAGCUCUAAGCAGCAUGAAAUGUAUUAGAGGAUAAUGUUCUCUGUUCAUCAGACUUUAAUGCCCCUCCAUUUUUUGUUUUUUAAUAGUGUUCUGUAAUAGUUUGGGCCUUUUUGAAAGUGGUUGGUUCAUUUAUGUUGCAUUGUACAUUCUAUUUUGUGAGUUAAGUUUCAAACUCAAUUGUAAAGCAGUUGAAAAUAACUUGAGCAAAAUAUGUGCAAUGCUUUUUCAAAUGGCCAUUAUCACAAAGUAUCUGAACAGCGGAAAGCCAGGGAUGAAUUUGAAAGGAUUUCUCCUGUCUCUUGGCCUGACAGUGAAGUUGAUAUUUUCCUGUGAUUUCUCAGAGUGUGGAUUGCAUCAUGACGGAUGAGAUCAAUGACAUCCGAAUCGUCGGCACCAUCACAGUCAUCCUUCUCCUGGGUAUCUCCGUGGCAGGGAUGGAAUGGGAAGCCAAGGUUAGAUAACAUACAACAUCCUUCUCCUGGGUAUCUCCGUGGCAGGGAUGGAAUGGGAAGCCAAGGUUAGAUAACAUACAACAUCCUUCUCCUGGGUAUCUCCGUGGCAGGGAUGGAAUGGGAAGCCAAGGUUAGAUAACAUACAACAUCCUUCUCCUGGGUAUCUCCGUGGCAGGGAUGGAAUGGGAAGCCAAGGUUAGAUAACAUACAACGUCCUUCUCCUGGGUAUCUCCGUGGCAGGGAUGGAAUGGGAAGCCAAGGUUAGAUAACAUACAACAUCCUUCUCCUGGGUAUCUCCGUGGCAGGGAUGGAAUGGGAAGCCAAGGUUAGAUAGCAUACAACUACGCUUGAUUGAAUAGAGCUCUCAAACUACGACUAUCUAGAACUUAAGGUGAUGUUGAACUGCAACUCGUCUCUGAUGUCAAGCUGAAAUUGGCCUCAAGUAAGCGGAAUUCCUUCCAGACUGAGUGAAUGCAGACAUUGAUGUGCAAUAGGCUAGAUUUAAUGCAUGCUCUGUUUUGUGACUAGUGCUAGUUGUAGUUGGGAGGUGUUGUGAAAGUCUAACUAACCUGUCCAAAUGUUCAUUCUGUCCACAGGCUCAGAUUUUCCUGCUGGUCGUUCUGAUCACGGCCAUCUUUAACUACUUUAUUGGCUCCUUCAUCCCCCUCCAAUCCAAGGAGUCGCAGGGCUUCUUCGGCUACAACAGUACGACACCUUUGGUUCUCCCUUUUACAUAACACAAACUGACAUGACUGUCGAGCAAACGUAAAGACUGUCAAAGACGUGCCUAUCAAUUAGAUUGAUGACACAUUACUGGGGGUUGGAUUGUGGAGCUAUAAUAAUUCUGAAUUAAUGUAUCUUUCUCUGAAGUCAUGAGCUCCAAAUGACUACUGUACAUGACGUGAAGUACUGACUAUUUCUAAAAGUUGUGCCAGAGAUGUUUUGCUGAAAUCACAAGACCAAACCAAUUGGAUUAUUUGAAAUUGUCUUUGUGGCCUGAUUCCCAGCUCUGAGAUCAACUGAUCGAGUCUGACUGUCCUAAGAUACACACUGUUUUAACGCUUUCUCUCGGUCUUGCUUUCUCUCUUGUUUUGCUUAACCCUUCCUCCCCCCCUCUCUCUAUUGCUCUCUCACCCCCACCCUCGCUCUAAGGUGCAAUUAUGAUGGAGAACAUGGGUCCGGACUUCCGGGGCACAGAGUCGUUUUUCUCAGUCUUUGCCAUAUUCUUCCCUGCAGCCACUGGCAUUCUGGCCGGCGCCAACAUCUCAGGAGACCUUUCUGUAAGAACCCCUGGUCAUUGUUUAAAACAAAAUCACAAACAAGCAAAAGACUAACCUCAAUUCAUAUACAAUGGAUACAAUCAAUGGAACUCCUAUAUUGUCUUGAUUUUUAAAAGCCUGGUGUGUGUGUGUGUGUGUGUGUGUGUGUGUGUGUGUAGGACUUGAUUUGAAAUCAAUGUUGGAGACUAAGCAUUUAUUUUCUAUUCACAGGACCCACAACUGGCCAUUCCAAGAGGAACACUCUUGGCCAUUCUGAUCACCGGUAUUGUCUACCUGGGUGUUGCAAUUUCUACUGGUAUGUGGCAUUCACCCCUAACAAGACCCAAUAAAUAUUACAGAGACAAAGUUUGACGUUUUGUAUUUCUCUCGUUGUUCAUUAAAGGCUCGUGCAUCGUGAGAGACGCCACAGGAAACGGCACAGACACACUCAGCGCCCAGUUCAUGGCCAACUGCACCGACGCUGCAUGCAAGUUCGGCUAUGACUUCUCCUCCUGCAAGAGUGACGACGGCAAUUACAACUGCAAAUACGGACUCCAGAACGACUUCCAGGUAUGUCUGAUUAUGUGGUGUUUCCCUCCUAGAACGCCAUCCAUUGUGUAGCGAUAUCACGUUUGAGUGGUGAGGGGAACUUGAAAAACGUACUUGGUCCUCUUGGUCCUGGGUGGGACAUCCGUUGUGGAAGAAACAUAUGGACUCUGCCAUUUAACCUUUCACAUGCUUUUUCCUCAGGUCAUGAGCAUCGUGUCCGGUUUCGGACCCAUCAUCACCGCCGGGAUCUUCUCCGCCACUCUGUCCUCUGCCCUGGCCUCUCUGGUCAGCGCCCCCAAAGUGUUCCAGGUAAGUCCCUAGACUACCCUCCCCACAUCCCGCUUUCCUCCUCUGUCCCUGCUAGUCAGUUGAUACUUAUACUAUCCAUAUGGUAUGGAAUACUAACGUGCCCUGUUAGUUACUGUCCCAUAAACGCAGAUAAAAGGGAAGAGUGUGAUCUCGUAUACCAAUGUUCCUUCGUCAUCUAGUGUCCUAUCCGCUGAUUAGUAUAGCGGUGUCCAAUUCCAAUGGUUUUUCCUUCUCCUCCAGGCUCUAUGUAAAGACAACAUCUACCCUGGCCUGGAGAUGUUCGCCAAGGGCUAUGGCAAGAACAACGAGCCCCUCCGCGGCUACAUCCUCACGUUUUGCAUCGCUCUGGCCUUCAUCCUCAUUGGUACGUAGUACGCUAUCCAGGUUUAGACAUCUAAUGACGACACUGAUGUUCACAAUACGAAAUUCUGUAGGAUGUCAGGAAUAUGUCAUUUGCUGUGUGUCAGUAAUGUCAUUCAGUAGUAUAGUUCCGUCCUGUUUGGGACUGCCAAUUACCUAAAGAGCACUAUUGAAUGUCUAUGGACAGUUCCCAAUGAACAUAUACAAAAUGCUAAUCUAAACAGCCAUAUUUUUGUUUCUUUUAUUUUAGCCCAGUUGAACGUUAUCGCUCCCAUCAUCUCCAACUUCUUCCUGGCCUCCUAUGCUCUCAUCAACUUCUCUGUGUUCCACGCCUCUCUGGCCAACUCUCCAGGUAAGGCCUCUCUGGCCAACAUCAACGGCACUCAGCCUCAUUUCCUGAACAAAAGUUAUAUAUGCAGAAAGACCGGAAUUUCAAUACGACAAAAAAACUGCCACAAAGGUCCUGACUAUAGCCACAAAUACAAAGAUGGUACUUUGCUGACGAAACCUCCUAGAUUUGAUAGUUAAAGGGGCAAUCUGCAGUUGUUACAUCCUUUUUUGGACAGCUUUUUACCAAAACGGGUGGGAAGAACUCUUAGUAAUUGUUUCAACUUCUGAUUUCGUCUUUAAGAGUAGCGUCUUAAAUUAAGUAAUUGGUCACAAGAGCUGAGUCACAAGUCCUAUUGGCUUAAAACUAGAUUGAAUAGGAAAUUAUAGGACUUCCAAACUAAUUACUUCCAGCACAUGGCAUACAGGAGUCGUCCCUUUAAACCACUUCAAUGCAGUUAUGCACUGGUGGCUCACAAGUUCAGUCGUUCCAUUGACUAUAGAGGCUAGCCACAUGGAAAAGAUAUCAUACCCAACAGAGUGUUUUUUUAGGUUAACUUUUAAUGCCUCAUCUAGGAAUACCUAUUUAAACUGGUAUGCCAACUAUAUAAUUACUAAUUACAUUUGUUUACACUUCCACAGCAUGGUCUUCCUAGAAGCUAGGCACAGCCAUUCUAUGAGGGCCUGUAUAGGAACUGGCAAAUCACCUUGAAGGCAGACUCUUCUAGAAGCUAGGCACAGCCAUUCUAUGAGGGCCUGUAUAGGAACUGGCAAAUCACCUUGAAGGCAGACUCUUCUAGAAGCUAGGCACAGCCAUUCUAUGAGGGCCUGUAUAGGAACUGGCAAAUCACCUUGAAGGCAGACUCUUGACAUUGUGGAGGGAGGUGGGGCAGUCCUAACUCUGAUUCUCAGUGAAUAAUAUACAUGGCUCCAGUGGUAUGUGUUGCAUAGUCUUAUCUAUCUUUGCCAUUCCCACAUGGCUUAAGCCUUGCGAUAACAGAUGUAAUGACAUGCCUGAGUUAUCUGAACAUUUUCAUAUCCGGCCAGUUGUUUUAUUAAGUAACGGCUACUGUGAUCUUUAUCUGAUCAGGGCCGCAGUCUGCUUCUUAGGAAAGUAGUUUGGAAAGACUCAUAAUACACAUGCAAUAUUAGGCUGAAAACAAUACUGCUGAGAAGCAACGUGGUGCUCUUUAUUAUUCAAUGUAACACAUUCUGUAUAUUUGAUAAGACCCUUGUCUGACUGAUUUGUGUCGAGGUCAAACCUCCAGGGGACGGGGUUUAUUACUGAGGCUAGCUUGAUGGCAUGAUGGCACAGUGUCAAUAAUUAUCACUUAGUCGAUCCAAGAUGGACGCUGUCCACUCAGUUUCAACUGUCAGUCUAUCGGUGCCAAGAAAUCAAGAUCUCUGCUUAGAUUGACUGUUAUUUUGUUAUGCCUAGUUGAAAUCACUUAUGCUUUAGUCAUGAUGGAUGAAACAGAUUAACCAUUUUCAAUGUGAUAUUUAGAAGCUGUUGUAUCGUUCAGCAGUCGUUGUAUAAAGUGAUGUUUGUUUUUCCCUUAAUACCAAAAAACCCUAGGAGAACAGAAGGUACAGAGUUGAUAUCUAAUUCUGACAUUGUCCGCACAGACCAUUCAAUUACACAGACUUAAAGGGUACAUGACUCACCAAAGGCAAGGCAAUAGACACUUAGUUUCUCGCCUCUGGAAACUCAAACUGUCAAUGUCUAACGCCUUCUUUUCUGGACACCUAGAGCCCACUGUCGCUCUCCCAUGAGUGCAUGUAAAAACAGUCAUGUGGCAAAGAAUGACGUCACAAACAAUGUACCCUUUACGUCCUUUGUUUUUUUUUGUAGUUCUUGUCAUUGUGUAACCGUGCAUACAGUCAAACUGUGCCCCAUUGUUCCAGCUUACUAAACUCCCACUGGUCUAGUGUCUUUAGUACCCAAUAAACAGGUGUCCAGUAGCAGUGGAUCUAACAUACUUGUACAAUGUUCUAACUGGUUGCUAACUCCAAUUCUUUACUACAUUUUUAAUAUCCAUGCUGUCUUAUUAAUUCAGUGACAUUGCCAUAUUAAGCCGCCUCCCAUUUUUUUAAUGAUUCAGUAAUUUCACAAAAACAAUGUUUUGUUAUGUGAAGAAGUAAUGCAAGUUGUAAAUGAAAAAGAGCUUUCAGCUAUGGUAAGCAGCUCUCCAUAGAGUCGCGGGUUCUUCAUAGACAUGAGGGGCAGAUUUGAUCUAACCUUUUGGAUUCUACCUCUGUUCAAGUUCACAAUUUCUUCCUUAAAUUUGGUUAUAGAACCCAUUCAAGCCCCUCUGUCUUUUACAAGAAGGACAAAUGUCAUAUGCUGUCACCCCUUGGUAUGGCUGGCCCCCAAGUGCAUUUUAUGAGGUUCCUUCUAAGGGAGUCCACCUAAUGUUUCUCUGACCCCUAGGAUGGCGCCCCAGCUUCAAGUACUACAACAUGUGGGUGUCCCUGGCCGGAGCCGUGCUGUGCUGCGUGGUCAUGUUCGUCAUCAACUGGUGGGCAGCCCUGAUGACCAACGUCAUUGUCAUGGGCCUCUACAUCUACGUGAGCUACAAGAAGCCCGGUGAGUGACUCGGCACCAGGCCAAGUCGGCCUUCUUGGAUUGCCUCAACAUCGACUAGUGUUAUUUUGCCAAGAUAGGUGCUCAUUGUGAAACUUGACGUGGAUUAUUGUUGACGUGGAUAUCGGUUAUUUUACUUUACAAAUAUUAGCAUAAUCUUUCAUGAAUUAGCCUACACACAAAAAAUAAAUUUCCCAAAAAAGCUCAUAUUUAAGGUCAACGUAAAUAAUUGCCUAGUUCUUUUGAUUCCACUGAAAUGUCAACCUCUAUGAUAGAGCCACAUUAGCAUAGUUCUCUGGAAGUCAGUCCCCUGACGCCCAAAAAUGCUUUGAACACAGAAUGUGAAUCGGGUCCCACUAUUGAUAUUUCAAGCUCUUUUUUUAUUGCUGAUGCACACAUGUAUUUUGGUGAAGUGGUAAGCAUUUGCAUCACAAUUAGGUUUUUGUUACGCACCCUCUGCUGCAGUGCAGCCCAACAGUUUAAAUGUAUUUAUAGCAAAGCGCAGGGUUGUGGAAACUGUCUGUCUGAAUUCAACCGAAAUGAACUAGCUAUUCACAAUAUGAUACUGCAUUAAGAGUGGCUCAUGGCUCUAUUUGCAGGGUAGAAAAUAUGUUUCACAAAAAUAUUCGGGGCAACUUUGUGAUUUUUCUGUUCAUUAGCAAAUGGAGUUCUAAAUAUAUUUUUGUUCCUUCUAUGACAUUACCUAGGACAUGAAGAAACUUCCCCUCCUGUGUUUCUAUGGUGAUUUGCCAAAGGGCUGGCUCGUUCUGUUAACUUUUCUUAAGCUACCCGCCCACGCAAGGCAGUGUGACAUUAAAUGGGGGCCUUUGAAAUGUCUAGCGCUGGGAGGGUGCAGCAGUUCAGGGACCAGCUACAUGCUGUUUCUUGUCCUCGCCUGUGUUGGUGCUCAGCCUCUCUGGCCUGGCUGUGGAGGUCCCCACAGGGGUCAGAUGGCCGACUGGGUCCCCAGAUGAUAGGAAGUCCCCAUAUGGGACUGCUGGCUCUGGGUAAACACACCUGACCCACGCUGGAGACCCCAGUGGAGCACCAGACCCUAAUAUAGACAUCUACAGAGAGGCUUUGUAUGAACCCACAAAUACACACAUGGCUUCACACACUCAGUUUGACUCGCAUCUCUAAUACACACAUGCUCGCCCUCACAGAUUUACACACACACUCUCACACGGUGAGUCACAGCUCUACAUACACAGCAUCCCUACUGACUCCCACACUGCCUGACCGUCUUAAUGGCCACACAUACAGGGUCCUGUCUUCCAGAAUGUGACUGUUUGUCCUGUCUUCCAGAUGUGAACUGGGGCUCCUCCACCCAGGCUCUGACAUACCACCAGGCCCUGACCCACAGUCUGCACCUCAGCAGUGUUGAGGACCACAUCAAGAACUUCAGGUACUGUACAGAACACACUUUAACACAUACUCCCGUAUACACACGCUUUCACUUCUAAGACCAAAGGAAAGGUAUGUCUCGUUUUCAAAAUGCGCUUGCCCGUAGAAAGGCUAGAUUCUUUAGUCACUAAACCACCUCAUUUUCACCACCAGCGUCCGUCCUGGUGUUUUGUUUCAUUAUGCUACUUGUUAAAUAUUUACUGGGUAAAAUGUAUCGUAUUCAGGAAAAUUCCAUCAUUCACAUUGUCAUGAAGGCUGUUGCCCUGUUAGUUCUAAAAGUAUCUGAUUGGCAAAUUUGAUUAACGACGACUCCUUCAGUUAAUUACCGUUCGAUGCUGCUCGGCGAGUCGUCCCUAACGCAUGCUCACUGAGACGUACAGAUCAGAUCAGGUAGGGCUGCAGCAGCGGGGGAGGAAACUGCUGUUUGUCGAGUCAGGCUGCAGUCAGAGCUCUCUCUUGGUCUCGGCACGACACACCCCCCUGGAGAGGGUUGUGUAACUGCACACCUGGGACAACAAUGGCAGAUGAUUGGCAUCCUUCACACUCCCUCGCCUAAGGACAAAGGAGACAAACUAAACCAUCUAUUUUCAGACAAAGGAGCUAGACUAAACCGUCUAUUCUCUGAAAUCUAGCAUCUGUCAUUAUCUAGCCACGGUAGAGAGCGUGGGGUUAGGGUAUCUGUAUAGAACUAUGUUUUUCAACUAUGGUCUACUGUGUGCAGUGGACUCUGUUAGAAUGAUUCCAAGUUAAUUGAGCCUUUUUAUCUAGCUAACUAGAUAUGUGACGCUUUAGUACUAGCAUUCUAGUGAUGCAAUAUUUAAUUGAUGCUUACCUGGCAUUUAAUCAAGCAGACCCGGUGGGUCUCGUUCAGAAACACUGAUAUAGGAAAAGUGCUUCCGUAGAUCACCCUCGGAGCUAAACCAGAUGAAUUUUAGGAUUACGAUUAAACCGUUGUGUGGACGUCGUCCGAGCCACAACACAACAACCUUGUGCUCUAUUGUUCAAUCUCUCUCACAUGGACUGUACGAGUCGCUACAGAUGCUGUUCGGACUGCACAGUUUGUCCUGGAAGCAUUCCCAUGGCAAUAAGCCGGUGGCGAGGGAUUGGGGAGCGUCUGACAUUGUCUUCAGAAUUCAAACAUUCAAACAUGUUAUUCCUUGCCUUUUCUCCCCCUCCCGGCUCCCCUAAUCCCAUGUGUUUAACAUAUUUGCUUUGAUGUGCGCUACUCUGGUGCUCUCAAAGUCUGUUUUCAUUCCUCACCGAGAAUAUGAAGACUUCUUCUCUCAAGGUCAUGAGAAGACACUGAGUGAGAUGAAGCAUUAAGUAUUGUGUGCAUGUGACCUAGCAAAAAAAAAGUCAAAAGGGUUAAGCCAGCGGUGGCCAUUGUUCAACCCUCCUGGAGAGCUACUGGGUGCAUGCUUUUGUCUCAGCUCUGCUCUAGCAUGCCUGAUCCGCUGCUCGUCAAAACUUGUAGAAUCAGAAGUGUUGGACCAAAGGCUUGGAACCAAAAGCCAGUUGCCCUCCAGAAGGAGGAUUGACCACUCCUAGGUUAGGUCCUUGUGUUCAUUUGUGCGCCACUUACUGUUAGCAUGGAUGCUAGCUAAUUGCUAACUCUGUUUUGAUCUUAUUUUAUAACAGACCUCAGUGCUUGGUGAUGACGGGCUACCCCAACUCCCGUCCGGCUCUGCUCCACCUGGUCCACGCUUUCACCAAGAACGUGGGCCUGAUGAUCUGCGGCCAUGUUCGCACGGUGAGUAAUCAGAGACGUCACCCACCCGGAGGCCAUUUUGUCUCCAUCCCAUAACCGUAACAUGGCACAGUGAGGGCUCCAUUUCAGAGUUUUUCACUUGUCUUAUAGGGUCCAUUGUUCAUCUCUAGCUCAAUCUCAAUGCAAUGUCAUCAUUACUUCUUGUUGACUACAGGUAACUAAGUUCUGUAUUAACUCCAUUGAAAACCAUUAGAACUGAUUUACGGGAAAUCCUAUGUUGUUCUGGACCCUGCUUGUUGUGUUGCUCUUAUUAAUCCCCUGUUUACUUUUCAAAUCCACAUUUCCUGUUGAGUGAGUCAUUGCUUCCAUUUAGCUUUUUUUAAACGACUUUUAGCUACUUUUUCCCAUCUAAAUCCCUCAUCUGGGAGCAAUAAAAUGACUGCUCCAUUAAGACGGUGUGAUGACUGGGCUGAUGUAAUCGUCCCUGCGCUGUGCCCACAAUGUAAAAAGGCACUUUACAGACGCUCUACUGUCAUUAGCAGCAAAGUCUGAGGCCUCCACCAGAGUAUGUGAGCGAAGCUGGAGCGCAGCUGGAGCAAGGAGCAGAGCGUGCCCAAUUUGACUGGAGCACGCGGCGAGAUUCCCAAAGGCUGGAGCGUCGACCUUAUUGGCCUCUCCAAUUUCGCUCCAGUAGCACCCACUUCACGAGCUCAGGGCAUGCCUGGCCCAGCAUGCAUUUGUAGUCUACUUGUGCUGCUAUAGCCCCUUGCUUUAGCUACUGUCAUGGAGUUCGCUAAAUAUGUUCAUAAAACUGAUAAAACACACAGGUGCAAAAUCAAGGAGACUUACAAAGAUGAGGACAACCAAGAGCAAGAGAGGGAAUGUGGUGAUGUAGUGUCCACAACUAAAAAAUCAUUGUGGAAUCUGAAAAGACACGUAUCCCAAAAGCAUGAUGUGUACAAGGUGCAGAUGCUAACAGAAAGGAAUGCGGUGGGUAGCUAGCUAGCUAAGUGUCAUUGUAGCAAAGUAUUUAUAAACUAAAAAUCAGAUCUCUUAAAAGUUUAGUUAAUUUUGGAUCUAUCUAUACAAUAGGCCAAUUGAUUUUGGUUCAAUAGGCCUGGCAUAUUCCCAGUUUAAAGGACCUUUCCGUUUUGAACCUUUUAGGCCUACCUAUAGAGAAAAAAAAGAGAACUGCAUCUCUGCCCAGCCUGGGAAGAGUGGCCAAACAGGUAUUUUCACUAUCUCCAGUAGCCCGGAAAGCAGGGAGAGGAUGUUCUCAGGUGCUGGCCUGCUCUCCAGGCACCAUCGCAUGAGCCUGAGGCCACAGACUCUGGCCAAACUCAUGUUUUUAAAAUGAUCUAAUAAGGUGUUUUUCAAUUAAUUUGUAUUUAAUCCUAAGUAAGUCACAGCCUAUAUGCGCAAUUUCUAGACUAUAAUGAUUUAAUACAACUAAAUGCUGAGCCCUUUAUGUCCCUACCAGCCUAUUGUGUCACACUAGCAAAUGCUUCACAAUGUAUUUCUUUGUAGGCUAUAGCCUUGAAAUAAUAAUAAUAAUAAUAAUAUAAUAUGCCAUUUAGCAGACACUUUUAUCCAAAGCGACUUAGUCAUGCGUGCAUACAUUUUUGUGUAUGGGUGGUCCCGGGGAUCGAACCCACUACCUUGGCGUUACAAGCGCCGUGCUCUACCAGCUGAGCUACAGAGGACCACCAUAAUAUAGCAUAAAUAAUUAAUUUUGGGUCCUUCUUAGGCUACCUCUCUGGGUCCUGACCUAUUUAGUGUUUAUAUGCUGUUUAAUACGACAUGUAGCCUAUUUGAAAUGAUCAGCGCUUCUUACAUUCAACUUUUCAUAUUUAUUAAAAUACUUUUAAUUCAAAUCCAUAUGGUUUGGUUUCAAUACUUCAAAACCAAAUGGUAGGUUCAGGUAGUCACAGAAAAUAGAUGGGUGUUGGUUAAAUUGGGGCUUUUUUCAGGGCAACUUGAGAGCCUUCUCUAACGAUAAUUGGUACUGUAAAUAUAUCCACCACCUGUGAUUUUGACUGCAAGGUGGAACUACUUCGGUUUGGUUCAUGAGUUGCUAAAUGCUACACUUAGCCUUUAGCAUAACUCUAUUCUUUUCUAUGUGUGUUGUGUCCACAGGGCUCCAGAAGGCCCAACUUCAAAGAGCUGUCCAACGACCAGACACGUUAUCAGCGCUGGCUGAUGAAGAACGAGACCAAGGCAUUCUACACCCCCGUGUUCGCCGAGGACAUUCGAGAGGGCACCCAGUAUCUGCUACAGGUGAGAACAGACAAACGUUACAAUUAGUGGCAGCGGUCCAAGCCAUAGGAGUGAAGUGUGCUGUAAUUUCUUUAAAGUACAUAAAAUGUGAAGUCAUUUUUGUUCUAUUUGAAUUAAAGGUAUUUUGUCUCAUCAAUUUCACACGCGUUGAAACUGAGAGGUGUGGGGGGUUAACAACCUUGCUCAAGGGCAGAAUGACAGAUUUUACACCUUGUCGGUUCGGGGAUUCAAACUGGCAACCUUUUGGUUACUGGACCAACGCUCUAACCGCUAGGCCACCUGCCACCCUACUCUGGUUGCCCUUGAAACACAAGCCUUUGACCGUAAUACAAAGUUGUAAUUAUUUAUCCUAAAGUUCAAGCACAUUCAGUCAAAGUGCAUGAAAAUAUAUUGAAACCCACGGUAGUGUGGCAUUGGCGUCAACUCCAGUUCAACUCCAUGGAAUUAUCAGUUGACACUGAAAACUAGAAUUAAAAAAAUAGCCAUGGAUGGAGAUUGAAUUGACCCUGACGCCUAUGGUGCUCUUUUAUAUGAUCGCCUGCCAACCAGACCUUUAUGCUUGAAAGCGAUUGCGUGACCUGGUUUUUGGGAGAUGCAGCAGCAUGUGAAAUUGAGCUAGGAGGUUGUAACUCCUGACCGUGAUUUAUUUAGUGGUUUCUUUAGGUUGUUCUGACCUGUGUUUUCUCAAGGCUGCUGGACUAGGUCGUCUGAGGCCCAACACUCUGGUGAUUGGCUUCAAGAACGACUGGAAAUACGGAGACAUGAUGAACGUUGAGACCUACAUCCAGAUGAUCCAGUGAGUCAGCGGGGGCCUCGCAAGCCACCUUGUCAAAAGGCUGUCACAAAGACACCUGAUUAGAACAGUCAUUUGUUUUAAAGCACAUGAACAUGUGAUGGUUUGUGAAGAUAACAAGCUUUGACACACAACCCAAAGUAGUUUAUAUGGAGUAGAAUACACACAACUUGGAUUUCUGAAAACCUCUAUCAACUUAAUCAGAGUCACGUGGUAUUAUAACCAAUGGAUUUAGGUUGAAUCAGUUCCUGGUGUAAAGUGUGGAGAUUAUUGUAUUAGAUUGGAAGGUUAGAGAUGGUUCAGCCACAGCAUAUUAAAAGCUACGCUAAUACUUAUAGGAAUGUGCUCUUUAGUUUUCAAUUCAUGCUAGCUUCACCUAUAGACAUCAAAGUAUUAUUAAAUGGGUGAAGUCUGGCUGCCAGUUUUCACAAUAUCAUGAAGUUCCCACCUCUACCAGUAAGGCAUUUAGCUUUGUCCUUCGAAACCAUUCAUUGUGGCCUGAGUCCUAAGCUUGUUUGUUUGCGUUAGCCGGGUUAGUGUGUGUACGUGUUUUGUCCAAGUGGAAAAGUACACGUUUAAUGUAGCGUGUUGUACACUUAAACACAGAGCCAGGCCCAGCUCUGUGUCAAGCGGCUUCCUGUGAAAUGCCAACAGAGCGUGUUUCUGUUUGACUUUCAGUGAUGCUUUUGACUAUCAGUAUGGUGCCGUGGUGCUCAGACUGAAGGAGGGUCUGGAUGUGUCCCACAUCUCAGAACAAGGUACACACACACACACACUGCAACACUUUCGUACCAAAUGACAUGAUACUCUUACCCACCCACACACACACGCUAAAACACUCCCUUGCCAAACAACUAAUCUCAUCAGUCUCAUAUUGGUUUCCUCAGAAAACGUUCUUCUAUCAUUGAGAAAAUGAAUUUAGCACCAGUGCUUUGCUGCGUCAUGUCAAGAUGUUCUGCGCAACCAAUUUGCAACUACACAGGGAAUCGAAAGCAACCAAUUAUGAGGUGUGAUUCUUAAACUCAGUGUGGCUCUCCCCAGCUGGAGAGAGAUUUAAUUAAACAAGUAACUCAAAGGGAUGUUUUAGUACAUUUACUUUCCAAACAGUCCAACUGCAGAUUCUAGAUGUUCAUCGCUUUGACUUGUUCUCACGCUGUCACUCCCUUCUUAUUCAGCUUCACAUAAACGUUGACGUUUUUCUAUCCCCUGGAUUUGAAACCCAUUUUUUAGUAGGCUGUAUCAUAUUACCGAGCAGUUCCUAACUGUGUACUUUUCAGUUGAAUUAUUCUUCCUCAGUCCAGUCUUCUUGACCUGGCUUGUUAUGCGGCCAAAAGUCCACCCAAAUUCACCUUAAUUGGCCCAAAUGGCUUGCCGGCCGUUUUCAAACACUUUGCCUUUCACCCAUCAAAUAACCCCAUCAAGAUAAUUACCUACAUUUCAUAACCUCAUCAAGAUUAUUACCUACAUUUUAGCAGUUACUGGCCACUUCUGUGUUUAGUGGACACAAAAUGGACUAUUGUGGCCUCAAAAAGCCUGGGCUACUUUGCAGGUCAUUUGUUUUAAAUGUUAACAGGAUGUUCUGUUAACGUCAGUUUUAGUUGGCUAAUAGUUUAACUUUGUUUCGCAGAUGACCUGCUGUCGUCGCAGGAGAAGACAUCGGGGAUGAAGGAUGUGGUGGUGUCCAUCGACAUGAAGGACUCUGACGGAGAUUCGUCCAAGCCCUCGUCCAAAGCCACCAGCGUCCAGAACAGCCCAGCCAUCCAGAAAGGUCAGGAGUUGUAAUGGGAAUUUCCAGGUGAACCAAAAUGAGAGCAGUCGUUGAUAAUGCGAAUCAAAAAUCGAUUCGGUUUAUUACAAGUUGCAACAGGGAGACCCCUCCAGAUCAGAAGCCGAGAAAAUGUCUUAACGGGUCUUCUGAGAAGGCCCUUAUAAAUUUAUCACACAGCACCAACGGUUCUGUAAACACCAGCCCGAGAGGCUUGUAGGAAGUCACAACAUCAGCUGCUACAGAAUCACACAGUUUCACAAAUACAUUGUCAGUGUGUCCUCGGCUCAACACUGGCAGACAUUUGAUACUGGCAGUUAAGCAGGUCCAAAGGUAGUUAGUUACAACAGAUAAUUAUAGGCUCAAAUACAGGAAAGUAAUUCAUCAUAUAAUGUCCCAUUACAGGCGUCAUUCUAAAGUAACCCACAUAAACAGGUACACAUGUUGAGUGCCUUUUUACUUAGAUUCUACACCGGUGGUUUUGUGCACAUACCUGCUUCAGCUAAUGGAGGUCCUGAGAGCUGGACAGGAAGAAAACACUAUCUCUUCAAGAGCAGUAAGGUUGGUUCACCCCUCUUACACAACCUAAUUUUCCAUAACUUCACGUCAACAUGUGGAAACUUUGGCGUUUGUGAAGACAUUCAAUGGUCUGAUACUGUGCCAAAGUGAACUACGUUUCUUGUUGUGAAAUCACAAUGUGAACGCGCUUGAGAAAGAGGAAGGGCUUUAUGGGUCAGGAUGUAAGAAUUUUAGCGGUUUAGCGCCACACUCCCGAUCCCCUCUAGAUCUCGCAAAGGCCUCCCUUAAGUCUCUCCAGCCAGCCAGUCACUAGGCUACACUGAGUGGGCGGCCCUGUAAGCAGCACUACUCAGAGAGGAAGUGGCCUCUGACCCCGUGACCCCCAGCCUUCCCACUGGGCCCAGUUUGUUAGUCCACAGCCCACAGAUGGCUUCACUACAGUGUGUGUGUCUGUCCUUGUUUGUUUACACACACGUACGUGCUCGCACACACAUGCACACAAACAUCUCAUGCACUUACGACGCAUAUGCACACACACAAACCCAAAUACACACACACACAUGGCUUCACUGAAGUGUGUGUGUUUGCCUCCUCCUUAAACUAUGACCAAACAAACAGGGAAACUGUUCCCACAGUGCAGCAUGGACAGGCUGGGAACUUCAGUUGAAUUCUAUUUACUCCACGCGUCACGUUCCAUUUUCUUCCUCCCAUACGGGAUCUCAUGUCUCUGACCCUGUGUGGUCACACUGAGGAAGUGACAUUUCUCACGAUUCACUCAAUUCACUCCCACAGUCAAUAAUGAAGAGCAUCUGAAGCUGUGUGUGUGUGUGGCUUUUCUGUUGUUACCCUGAUGUGAGUGAAUACUUCAGUGUGCACUUGUUUGAUGGAGAGAGAGGGUGUGUGUGUGUGCACUGUGUUUGUGUGUUUGCCGGUUGACUGUACUAAAACUACAGUACAUGUUUGUACUACAUAGUGAACUCCUAGUGCCAAGUGACGAAAACAGCUAAUUGAAGAUUAAUGUCACGUCUGUAAUCGGCUUAGCAGUAAGCAAUUCUAAUGCCGGAACCUUAAUUAUUUCCUCAGAACGUUCCUGACAUCCAGAUUACUUGCGUACAUUACUUUCACACUUCUGACAUUACCAGAGAACCUCCCCAAAAUACUUCAGAGAGUGAUUUAGACCUAGUUAUUUAGUAUGUUAUUUAAACUGUUAAGUUGUCUUGAAGCAGUGUUUCUCAAAUGGUUGAAGUCACAGCAUUUGAGUGGGUCCUGGCUUGAAACACUGGUUACACUAAUCUGUCCUAAGACAAUUCCAGUAGCUUUUAAAGGAGUCAAACAUCUAAACCAAUGUCUUAACUCCCAAAAGUACUCGUCCACUACUAAGCCAGUAGUGGAGUUUUCUGACUCCAAGAUUUCUAACCAUUGCCGGUGUUGGAAGUUCCUUCCCUGAGAGACCCCAACAGUGUGUGUGUGUGUGUGUGUGUGUGUGUGUGUUACCACUGAUGCCUUUUCCAUUGGAGCCCAUUCCAUAUUGUUUGGCGCAGGGAUAACUGACGUAGCGGCCCCCAACACACCCACUCCCCACCCCCAGAAAAGUCCCCUCAUUGUAUCGGGGCUGUUGAUGCAUGUGUUUCCCAUCAUGGCGACAGCAGCAAAAACAUUAACCCCUCCGUUCUCUCUCUCUCUUGCUCUCUCUCUCUCGCUCUCUCUCUCUCUCUCUCUCUCUCUCUCUCUCUCGCUCUCUCUCUCUCUCGCUCUCUCUCUCGCUCUCUCUCUCUCUCUCGCUCUCUCUCUCUUUUUUUUCUUCUCAUUCUCUCCCUCCAUUUUUAUUUUUUACAUGAUCCAGAUGACGAUGAUGAACGCAAAGCCGCAACGAAGCCGCUGUUGAAAAAAGGCAGGCAGUCCACCUUAUUGAGUUGCUUUACUUUUCUCUCAAUUACUCUCACUCACUCUCACAUGUACUCGCUCUCUGAUUCAGAGGGGUUGGAUUUAAAUGCGGAAGACACAUUUCAGUUCAAUGCAUUCAGUUGUGCAACUGACUAGGUAUCUCCUUUCCCUUUCCUCACACAUUGUCUUUCUCUGUCAUAUUGCCUUAUUGUAAUUCUCUCUUUCUCUUGCUCUCACUCGCAGUCAUGCGCUUUCGAAAAACCGUGGAACCUGGUUGAGUUUGGUUUUCCUUUCUGUUUCUAUUGCUCUCACUCUCAUGCACACCCUCCGUCACCCUUUUUUUUACCAUCUUCCUCUGUCGUCUAGCGGUAGGGUUAGUCUUCCUCUGUCAUCUAGGGGUAGGGUUAGUCUUUCCUGCCUGGCUCUGGGUUAGGGUUACGGGUAGCAGCUCUAGGAAUAACCUGUGUUUAUUUCCUGCUGUUGUCUUUCCGCUCCUAACUCACUCCGGCUUCCUGUAGCUCUAGCGCAGUCUCUGAAGCGCCGUCGUGUGUGUGUCUGCUCUGACGUAUUUUCUCUAAAUCGUUUCUUUCCUGGACUUCCUGUUUCUUCUCUUUCUGCGGAGAUGACACUGUCUUCAGUACUUUGUCACUGUCUCUCUCCUUUCCUUUCUGGCAGGCAUGUCUGUUUCUCUUGGGGUUUGUCUGCUUUUCUCUCCUCCUCUCCCCCCUUCUACUUAUUUCUACCCCUCUUUCUCUGUCUCUGUCUGUGUCAUGUGCUUUUUCAGGUACAGCUGUUUUAUAACCACUGUCUACUUAUCCAAGUCCCUGACAGACAGAGCAGAGAAGGGAAUGUUACAAUAGACACUCACUGACUGCACACCGUUUACAUUCCACUGAGCCCACUUCAGAGAAGGUUUCCAUUGUUCUGUGACUGUUAGAUAAAAGCUACAUAAGAUCCCCACUUCCUUUGAUUUCUGUCACACACAGCCUGAUCCCGGGUCUUGCUAAUGACCAUAGGAGUUGGCACAAACAUAUCUGGGACCAGGGCUAAAGAAAUAUAUAAAAACUAGGAGACAGUGCUGAUCUAGGAUCAGGUCCCCCUUGUCCGUAUAAUCUGAUUUCAUUAUGAUCUGAAAGACAAAACUGAUCUUAGACACUUUAUGAAUGCGGGCCCAGUCUGAGUCACACGCAGAGAGGAAUUCCUACCUAAGUCAUCUCCCUUAGUGAGGAUACAGCUUCCUGCCCUGUCUUGAUCUUAGUGUCUGACAUAGCAAUUUUUGGGCCACACAGAGAAAAGACCCCAGACGUUGAACGUGGCUGACCAGAGGCUGCUGGACGCCAGUCAGCUGUUCAAGAGGAAACAAGGCAAAGGCACCGUGGAUGUGUGGUGGCUCUUUGACGACGGCGGUGAGUUCAGUCUGGUCCUCCAGACCACCAGGGGGUGCUAUGUGGUUACUUACUGCCUAGUGGUUUCUGUUACAGAGCAGCUUCGAUACCACAGUUUUAAGUUGACAAACACUCCCUGCCCUCCCCUUUAAGAGAUAAUGAUUUGUAUAGAAAUAUGGUGGCAACCGUCUAACCCAGUGUUUCUCAAUCCUGGUCCCGGUGUGCAGGGGUGCACAUUUUUUUAUUUUGCCCUAGUACUACACAGCUGAUUCAAAUGAUCAACUCAUCAUAAUUUUUUAUGAUUUCAAUCAGGUAAGUAGUGCUAAGGCAAGAAUUAAAAUGUGCACCCCUUUGGGUCCCCAGGACCAGGAUUGAGAAACACUUGUCUAACCCAAUGCUUUUAAAUGCGUUGGGAAGAAUGUGCACUUCAGGAGAAAGAGUAGAUAAUUGAGACGCAGGGAAACACUUAAGGCUAUAGAUGGGUUAGCUGACAACAUCACAGAAACAAUGCGCAUGCUUAAAUGGGGCAGAAGUCAGUGAGUUGUUGUGAUUCAGUAUGAAAAAUGUAUGCACUCACUAACUGUAAGUCGCUCUGGAUAAGAGCGUCUGCUAAAAUGGCUAGCAACAAUGACAAAAAACUGCCAUGUAGUGAAAUGUAAGUGGCUUGUUUCAGCUAGUUUCAUCUUGUUCUUAAUACCAUGUCUUGUUUUGAGGUUUUUUGACUGAUUUCAUGUCAAUGCUAUUAUGGCUCAAAUUCGCUAGCUAGCUAACCAACAAUUGUAACAAUCUAUUUUAGAGACAACAAGUGCUCACUGUGCAAAUGUAAAUUAUAUGUUUUCAAUAAACAUAGGAGACUAAAUAUAGUUUACAUGUUGUCAACCAUCUAAGCCAACCCUGUCUGUUUUGCCCCAUAGUUACGCACGCGUCGGUUUUGUUGUUAAACAAUUAGUUGAGACUAUACUUCUGCUACUGGUUGUGAUGUCACCGGUGAGCAUUAUGGAAGGAGAGUAACUUGGAUGAGAAAUGGGGACAGAAAUGGGCAUUGCAGCUUUGAGGACCCUUUAGAAACCUAGACCUUAGACUCUAGAGAUAUCCCAACUCUGCACAGCAAGAACAAAAUACAGCAUGGCCCCACAAACAGAUGGUGAGUGACUGACUGUAUCUUGACUCUGCCAGGCCUUACCCUGCUCAUCCCCUACCUGCUCACCAACAAGAAGAAGUGGAAUGACUGCAAGAUCCGCGUCUUCAUCGGAGGCAAGAUAAACAGGAUCGACCACGACCGCAGAGCGUGAGUGGAGAGCCCUUCUAUUUGCUGUAGAUCUAUACUACCUAUGCGAAUGUGUUGACAAUACUUGAAAUAACUGAAUGAUGCAUUUGACAUUCCUUACAUUCCAAAUUCUGACUACAUUGCUGACAUAAGCUGAUACAGAAAUGCAAUGACCACAAAACACACAAAGAACCUUUAGGUUAAAUUCUGAGGAAUACACAUUUAAUUCUUCAUUUUUCUAUUCUCUUAUGGCCUAGAUGUAAGUCUGUCUGGCGAACUCACUCUAAAACUGUUAAAUAAUAUCAGUGUUACUGGUGCCAGGGAUCACCUUCCAAAAAUACUGAUUAGUCACUGACUGGCCUGGGUACAGCCCAUACGGGAUUAAACCCACGUUGUUGCAUCACCACAUUACAUCUGCAUGUAGUUUUAAAUAAAUGCUUUAUCGUCGUCUGUGGCAUUUGCUUCACAUAAGCAGGUUAGGGUCUCUGUCUUUCUCUUUUUCUCUCUGUCUGUCUGUGUUGGGCGUAUUACAAACCCACAUGGCAGCAGUAUUAUUGUCCAAAAUGUCCUGUCCCUCAAAGCUGCCUCCCGUUGUUGGCAGAAAUGACCACCUUCCUGGCAACCCAAGCCUUUUAUCUGCGUGUGAGAGCGAGCGUGUGCCACAAGCCAUAUGUUUGUGUGUUUAUUGCUUGAAAACCAGGACCAGACAUUUCAUUAAACCAGGACCAGACAUUUCCGUGCUAAUUGAACACAGAGUUGCAGUACUGGCUAGCCAUCUUUCUUGAACUUCAUUCGUUCAAUACUUGGACUUCAUUAUUGAAAUAAUAUCCCAUCCAAACUCUCUGCAUGUCAUUGAGGAUUCCGGUAUCCCUUUGAUAUAAAAGUCCUUUGACAUAAAAGUCGCAGUUCUCACGCAGACAUUCCAUGUUUGUAGUCGUCGUGUGCCAACGCUUAAGAUUUUUGAAUAGACGUUAUCCCAAUCUUUGAAGAAAAAAGCCUAGGGAAAUGACUGUCAUGAAGAGAAAGCCUCUCAACAGCCACAACGGCUUUCCCCCUACAAAAUAUUAACUUCAGCUCACACCUGUUUGCUAUGACAUUUCCCUUUCAAAAUGGCUUCUUCAUGCCCUCCGUGGCUUGUGUUUGCAGUCUCUCUAAAGCUUCUGGAUGUAAGUGGCUUUUCAGUGUUUGAUAAGGCAUUUGUUGUUCCUCCUCAGGAUGGCCACACUGCUCAGCAAGUUCAGGAUAGACUUCUCCGACAUCAAUGUACUGGGAGACAUCAACACCAAGCCCAAAAAAGAGAAGUACGUUGUUUUUAUCUCAUGAUUGAUUCUCCCUUUUGACAGAUGUCAGAUUUUUUUAAAUGUCUAUUUUCAUUUGAAAAAUGAGUUCUUCAUUGAAAUUGAUAUAAAAAGACAAAAGUGAAGUAACUAAGCAGACUGCGUUGUUUGAGCUGGGAGUCAACAAGUCUGCAAGCACUUAAAUACUUACAGGAAACCUUUUAUUGACAUUCUCAAAUAUGAAUAAUAGGAUAAUUCCCUUUUGGACACUCAAGUGGCGUAUUGCUGAUUGCUAAUGUAAACUGCAGGCCACAAUGUUUUCCACAAGUUGAAAACAGAUUAUUGUGCAUAGUAACAUACAGUAGCGGUCAUUUGAAUUGAAACAUAUUUUGAAUGAAACGUAUUACUGCUAUCUAUAUAUAUAUAUAUAUAUAUAUAUAUAAUGCUGUCACCCGUUCCAGAAAAUUAUGUCAUGGCUUUAGAAGCUUCUGAUAGGCUAAUUGACAUUAUUUGAGUCAAUUGGAGGUGUACCUUUUGGAUGUAUUUCAAGACCUACCUUCAAACUCAGUGCCUCUUUGCUUGACAUCAUUGGAAAAUCUAAAGAAAUCAGCCAAGACCUCAGAAAAAAAAUUGUAGACCUCCACAAGUCUGGUUCAUCCUUGGGAGCAAUUUCCAAACGCCUGAAGGUACCACAUUCAUCUGUACAAACAAUAGUACGCAAGUAUAAACAUCAUGGGACCACGCAGCAGUCAUAUCGCUCAGGAAGGAGACGUGUUCUGUCUCCUAGAGGUGAAUGUACUUUGGUGCGAAAAGUGCAAAUCAAUCCCAGAACAACAGCAAAGGACCUUGUGAAACAGGUACAAAAGUAUCUAUAUCCACAGUAAAACGAGUCCUAUAUCGGCAUAACCCAAAAGGCCGCUCAGCAAGGAAGAAGACACUGCUCCAAAACAGCCAUAAAAAAGCCAGACUACGGUUUGCAACUGCACAUGGGGACAAAGAUCGUACUUUUUGGAGAAAUGUCCUCUGGUCUGAUGAAACAAAAAUAGAACUGUUUGGCCAUAAUGACCAUCGUUUUGUUUGGAGGAAAAAUGGGGGUCUUUCAAGCCGAAGAACACCACGGGUGACAGCAUCAUGCUGUGGGGGUGCUUUGCUGCAAGAGGGACUGGUGCACUUCACAAAAUAGAUGGCAUCAUGAGGAAGGAAGAUUAUGUGGAUAUAUUGAAGCAACAUCUCAAGACAUCAGUCAGGAAGUUAAAGCUUGGUCGCAAAUGGGUCUUCCAAAUGGACAAUGACCCCAAGCAUACUUCCAAAGUUGUGGCAAAAUGGCUUAAGGACAACAAAGUAAAGGUAUUGAAGUGGCCAUCACUAAGCCCUGACCUCAAUCUUAUAGAAAGUUUGUGGGCAGAACUGAAAAAGUGUAUGCGAGGAAGGAGUCCUACAAACCUGACUCAGUUACACCAGCUCUGUCAGGAGGAAUGGGCCACAAUUCACCCAACUUAUUGUGGGAAAUUUGUGGAAGGCUUCCCGAAACGUUUGACCCAAGUUAAACAAUUUAAAGGCAAUGCUACCAAAUACUAAUUGAGUGUAUGUAAACUUCUGACACACUGGGAAUGUGACGAAAGAAAUAAAAGCUGAAAUAAAUAAUUCUCUCUACUAUUAUUCUGACAUUUCACAUUCUUAAAAUAAAGUGGUGAUCCUAACUGACCUAAGACAGGGAAUAUUUACUAUGAUUAAAUGUCAGGAAUUGUGAAAAACUGAGUUUAAAUGUAUUUUGCUAAGGUGUAUGUAAACUUCCGACUUCAACUGUAUAUAUGUAUGUGUGUAUGUACAGUGAAGGAAAAAAGUAUUUGAUCCCCUGCUGAUUUUGUACGUUUGCCCACUGACAAAGACAUGAGCAGUCUAUAAUUUUAAUAGUAGGUUUAUAUGAACAGUGAGAGACAGAAUAACAACAACAAAAUUCAGAAAAACGCAUGUCAAACAUUUUAUAAAUUGAUUUGCAUUUUAAUGAGGGAAAUAAGUAUUUGACCCCUCUGCAAAACAUUACUUAGUACUUGGUGGCAAAACCCUUGUUGGCAAUCAGAGGUCAGACGUUUCUUGUAGUUGGCCACCAGGUUUGCACACAUCUCAGGAGGGAUUUUGUCCCACUCUUCUUUGCAGAUCUUCUCCAAGUCAUUAAGGUUUCGAGGCUGACGUUUGGCAACUCGAACCUUCAGCUUCCUCCACAGAUUUUCUAUGGGAUUAAGGUCUGGAGACUGGCUAGGCCACUCCAGGACCUUAAUGUGCUUCUUCUUGAGCCACUCCUUUGUUGCCUUAGCCAUGUGUUUUGGGUCAUUGUCAUGCUGGAAUACCCAUCCACGACCAUUUUCAAUGCCCUGGCUGAGGGAAGGAGGUUCUCACCCAAGAUUUGAUGGUACAUGGUCCUUUUGAUGCGGUGAAGUUGUCCUGUCCCCAUAGCAGAAAAACACCCCCAAAGCAUAAUGUUUACACCUCCAUGUUUGACGGUGGGGAUGGUGUUCUUGGGGUCAUAGGCAGCAUUCUUCCUCCUCCAAACACGGCGAGUUGAGUUGAUGCCAAAGAGCUCUAUUUUGGUCUCAUCUGACCACAACACUUUCAACCAGUUCUCCUCUGAUUCAUUCAGAUGUUAAUUGGCAAACUUUCAGACGCCCCUGUAUAUGUGCUUUCUUGAGCAGGGGGACCUUGCGGGCGCUGCAGGAUUUCAGUCCUUCACGGCGUAGUGUGUUACCAAUUGUUUUCUUGGUGACUAUGGUCCCAGCUGCCUUGAGAUCAUUAACAAGAUCCUCCCGUGUAGUUCUGGGCUGAUUCCUCACCGUUCUCAUGAUCAUUGCAACUCCACGAGGUAAGAUCUUGCAUGGAGCCCCAGGCCGAGGGAGAUUGACAGUUAUUUUGUGUUUCUUCCAUUUGCGAAUAAUCGCACCAACUGUUGUCACCUUCUCACCAAGCUGUUUGGCGAUGGUCUUGUAGCCCAUUCCAGCCUUGUGUAGGUCUACAAUCUUGUCCCUGACAUCCUUGGAGAGCUCUUUGGUCUUGGCCAUGGUGGAGAGUUUGGAAUCUGAUUGAUUGAUUGCUUCUGUGGACAGGUGUCUUUUAUACAGGUAACAAGCUGAGAUUAGGAGCACUCCCUUUAAGAGUGUGCUCCUAAUCUCAGCUCGUUACCUGUAUAAAAGACACCUGGGAGCCAGAAAUCUUUCUGAUUGAGAGGGGGUCAAAUACUUAUUUCAUUAAGUGCAAAUCAAUUUAUAACAUUUUUGACAUGCGUUUUUCUGGAUUUUUGUUGUUGUUAUUCUGUCUCUCACUGUUCAAAUAAACCUACCAUUACAAUUAUAGACUGAUCAUUUCUUUGUCAGUGGGCAAACAUACAAAAUCAGCAGGGGAUCAAAUACUCUUUUCCCUCACUGUAUGUAGCUCAGUUGGUAGAGCAUGGUGCUUGCAACGCCAGGGUUGUGGUUUCGAUUCCCACGGGGGGCCAGUAUGAAAAAUGUAUGCACUCACUAACUGUAAGUCGCUCUGGAUAAGAGCGUCUGCUAAAUGCCUAAAAUGUAAAUGUGUGUGUGUGUAUAUAUAUGUAUAUAUAUAUGUGUGUGUGUGUGUGUGUGUGUGUGUGUGUGUGUGUGUGUGUGUGUGUGUGUGUGUGUGUGUGUGUGUGUGUGUGUGUGUGUGUGUGUGUGUGUGUGUGUGUGUGUGUGUGUGUGUGUGUGUGUGUGUGUGUGUGUGUGUGUGUGUGUAAAUGAUAUAUGUGUAUAUAUAUAUAUGUGUGUAAAUGAUAUAUGUAUGUUUAGUAUAAAAUUAGUACCAGUCAAAAGUUUGGACACACUUACUCCUUCCAGGGUUUUUCUUUAUUUUUACUAUUUUCUACAUUGUAGAAUAAUAGUGAAGACAUCAAAACUAUGAAAUAUCACAUAUGGAAUCAUGUAGUAACCAAAAAAGUGUUAAACAAAUCAAAAAUAUAUUUGAGAUUCUUCAAAGUAGCCACCCUUUGCCUUGAUGACAGCUUUGCACACUGUUGGCAUUCUCUCAACCAGCUUCACAUGGAAUGAUUUUCAAACUAUUUUGAAGGAGUUCCCACAUAUGCUGAGCACUUGUUGGCUGCUUUUCCUUCACUCUGGUGUCCGACUCAUCCCAAGCCAUCUCAAUUGGGUUGAGGUCGGGGGAUUGUGGAGACCAGGUCAUCUGAUGCAGCACUCCAUCACUCCCCUUCUUGGUAAAAUAGCCCUUACUCAGCCUGGAGGUGUGUUGGGUCAUUGUUCUGUUGAAAAACAAAUGAUAGUCCCACUAAGCCCAAACCAGAUGGGAUGGCGUAUUGCUGUAGAAUGCUGUGGUAGCCAUGCUGGUUAAGUGUGCCUUGAAUUCUAAAUAAAUCACAGACCGUGUCACCAGCAAAGCACCCCCACACCAUAACACCUACUCCUCCAUGCUUUACGGUGGGAGCUACACAUGCAGAGAUCAUCCGUUCACCCACACCGCGUCUCACAAAGAGACGGUGGUUUGAAAAAAUCUCAAAUUUGGACUCCAGACCAAAGGACACAUUUCCACCGGUCUAAUGUCCAUUGCUCCUGUUUCUUGGCCCAAGCAGGUCUCUUCUUAUUAUUUGUGUCCUUUAGUAGUGGUAUCUUUGCUGCAAUUCAACCAUUAAUGCCUGAUUCACACAGCCCCCUCUGAACAGUUGAUGUUGAGAUGUGUCUGUUACUUCAACUCUGUGAAGCAUUUAUUUGGGCUGCAAUUUCUAAGGCUGGUAACUCUAAUGGACUUAUCCUCUGCAGCAGAGGUAACUCUGGCUCUUCCAUUCCUGUGGCGGUCCUCAUGAGAGCCAGUUUCAUCAUAGUGCUUGAUAGUGUUUGCGACUGCACUUGAAGAAACCUUUUUAAAGUUCUUGACAUUUUCCGUAUUGGCUGACCUUCAUGUCUUAAAGUAAUGAUGGACUGUCGUUUCUUUUUGCUUAUUUGAGCUGUUCUUGCCGUAAUAUGGACUUGGUCUUUUACCAAAUAGGGCUAUCUUCUGUCCUCUACCUUGUCACAACACAACUGGCUCAAACGCAUUAAGUUAUUUUAAAAUUAACUUUUAACAAGGCACACCUGUUAAUUGAAAUACAUUCCAGGUGACUACCUCAUGAAGCUGGUUGAGAGAAUGCCAAGAGUGUGCAAAGCUGUCAUCAAGGCAAAGGGUGGCUUUUUGAAGAAUCUCAAAUAUAAAAUAUAUUUUGAUUUGUUUAACACUUUUUUGGUUAUUACUUGAUUCCAUAUGUGUUAUUUCAUAGUUUUGAUGUCUUCACUAUUAUUCUACAAUGUAGAAAAUAGUAAAAAUAAAGAAAAACCCUGGAAUAAGUAGGUGUGUCCAAACUUUUGACUGGUAGUGUGUGUGUGUGUGUGUAGUGUGUGUAAUGGUUUAACAACCUUUGAUCCCCUGUGGUGUUGAAGUGUGACUGCCUUUGAGGAGAUGAUCGAGCCGUACCGGCUGAAGGAGGACGACAUGGAGCAGGAUGCGGCGGAGGCACUGAAGGCCAGCGAGCCCUGGAGGAUCACAGACAACGAGCUGGAGCUCUACAGGGCCAAGGUGAGUCUAACCACUCAAGCCAUCACCAUAUCACUUACUCCUAUCCAGUCCUUUUCAAAUCUGUGAACAUGGAAGUGGUAGGGGCUAGCUGUAGGAUGCUAGGAGCCAAAAUGGAACCAAGCCUAUGAAAAGUUGGGUAUUGUGCCCAAUGUCUUUUACGAGCUACAUGGGGAGGAAUGUGCUCCUGUGUCUGCCUAUCCCACAGCCAAGUGUGGCUGCAGCAUCGAUGUUGGUGUAUCCAACUUAACCUGUAUUUAUGUUUUAAUUCUUCUCAGACUAAUCGUCAGAUCAGACUGAACGAACUGCUGAAGGAGCACUCGAGCACAGCCAACCUCAUUGUCAUGUAAGCACAUUUAAGAGCAUUUAUUAAUUUGUGUGUGUGUUGCAACUUGCCUGUGUGCGGGCAUUAUGGCUUUGACUCUGGCAGCCACUGGCAGUGUGAAGAUGUGGAGGAGGCCUCAUGUGUCUGUCAAUAACGGGCGCUAAGUGAAUCAGCUGGCUGCCCUGUAAACUGAGACACCAGCAGCUCUCCCAUAAACACUCUCCUCUGUCACCCUCCUCUCCUCCUCCUCCCCCUAGGUCUCACCUUCUCUCCUUUGGCCUCUCCUUACCUCAAUUUUUUUCACUUCUCUGCCACUUCUGUUCCACCUUUGCUCUCUCUUGCUCACUCCUCUCUUUCUCAAUCCACUCUUCAUCCUCUUCUCUCUCUGCUAUAUUUACCCUCUCUCCAUGUUCCUCCUAUCCUCCUCCUCCUCAUGUCAUUCUCCCUCUACUUCCUCACUCAUCCUUCCCUCUCUCCACACACACACACAGACCAUACUCCACACACAGACCAUACUCCACACUCACUCAUUCAGUAGGGCUGUGGGUUAAUUGCCUUUGCAUUCUCUCUCCACCACUGGCUUGGCUCUGCUUCAGUCCCUGCUAUCCUAGCCACAACACCACUGCUCUCCUCUCCUCCCCUCCACCACUGAUACUGUACUGAUAUCACUAUAAUGAAGGUGGCCAGAGAGCGAUAGAAAAGCCCAUUGUCCUCAGUGUCACUGGACCUCCAUUUUGUGUCUCAUUAAUGGAUGUUUGGAAUAGGAUGUGUCAAUGCUGUCUGUUCGUCCUACUGCACUUUAUUGAAGUAUGCGUGUGGGAUUGAGUUUGUGCUGAUACACAGACGGGGCACGAGGUUGAGAUUUGAAAGGGUCUGAAAUGGAUAGUGCGGUCUGAGGGGAAACCCAGACUAAUGCAAUAAAACCCAAGUGGGACUGGAUGGUGCGGCUGGUCACAUGAUUGACAGUCAACCUAUGUGAAGUUGUCCCUAUGUAACUGCCCAGGGAGUGGGUCCGUAUCGGUGAUGAAACAGGAGUGUGCCGGUCCAGCAGACCUAGGGUGAAUUUUAACUACGCUUUUGUGGACAUAUCCCAAAUCAACCCCUAGACUCUACCCCCCUGGUAUUUUUCUCAAUAGGUUAUAUUUUCUCUUGUGCCUUUUGCCAAGGACACUGUAUGACGACUUAACAUAUCUCUCUAUAUAUGUCUGUCUGUCUAUCUUUCUUUCUUUCUUUCUUUCUUUCUUUCUUACAGGAGCAUGCCCCUGGCCAGAAAGGGAGCGGUGUCCAGUGCUCUCUACAUGUCCUGGUUGGAGACUCUGUCCAAGAACCUGCCUCCCCUCCUCCUGGUGCGAGGCAACCACCAAAGUGUCCUCACCUUCUACUCUUAA